GCCCCACCCACCUGCCGAGAGCGCGCCCCCGGCGGUCAUGGAGCGCGGCGGGCCCGGGCUCGGGCUCGGCUACGAGGGGCCGGCGGAGCGGGCCCGGCAGCAGGAGCGGCACUACCAGCUGCUGUCCGAGCUGCAGGCGCUGGUGAAGGGGCUGCCCAGCUCCUGCCAGCAGCGCUUGUCUUACACCAUCCUCAGCGACCUGGCGCUGGCGCUCAUCGAUGGCACCGUCUUUGAGAUCGUCCAGGGGCUGCUGGAGAUCCAGCACCUGACGGAGAAAAACCUUUACAACCAGCGGCUGAAGCUGCAGAGCGAGCACCGAGUGCUCAAGCAAGAAAUGUUCCACAGACACAAAGAGGCCCAGCAGUCCUGCAAACCUCACAACAUGCCAGUUCUCAAAGCAGCUCAGCAGAGGGAGCUGGAGGCUGUGGAGCAGCGCAUUCGAGAGGAACAGCGACUCAUGGAUGAGAAAAUAGUCUUGGAACUGGACCAGAAAGUAGUUGACCAGCAGAGCACCCUGGAGAAAGCUGGAGUGUCUGGAUUUUACAUCACCACAAACCCACAGGCCAACCAGUAGAGAGGGACAAACAGCCACACUCUUCUACUGCGGGUUCCACUGAGAUGAGAAGAAAUGUAUUCCAGGAGUCUCUCAACCCUGAAACUUCAGUCUGCCUUAUCUAGAACAUAAACAUAACGUUAUAGUGAACUGAUCACUUUCCUCAUCUAUAAAUCACUGUCAUCACCUCUGUGUAGCUGCCUCCUGUAAAGGGACUUGGUGAAGGAUACGGUUCUUGGUUGGAAUCUCUAGCCACUUCCAUAAUAGACAUAACUGAUUGUUUUCCAUCCAUCUCCUUGUGCACCCAUCAGCUCAUGCUCCUAUUCCAGUUUGCUCUACUAAACACCUCUGUACAGUUACUUUUUCAAAAAUACAGAAAUAUUAUUGAUCUGUAUUACCAUAGAGUCUACGCGGCCUCGUCAUGGACCCAGACCCCCACUGCUAGGUGCUCCACACAAAUGGAACAAAAAGAUGGCCUCCUGCCCAAAAGACCUUGCAAUCUAAGUAUGACAAGAAACAACAGAUAGGGAGUAUGAGAAAACGGACACUAUCGGUCAGCAUUAUCGGCGUUACCAGGGGCCUAACCAUUGUCAAAUUUGUUGUAGUAUCCCAGAAAAGGACAUUUAUAAGAAGGGUUUUGAAGGAGGAUAAUGGUGGUUUUUACAGGGGAGCUCCUCACAGUUGAGUCAUGUUGUUUGCCAAGGGAGUACAAGUAAUAACCCAGCCAGACCUAAAGCUCAGUGGUCACUCCACCUUUUCCUUUUGUGAGCAUUUUAACUGAAGUUUUUAAUGGAAAGUGUCACCUAGUGCCAUACAUGCUGCAAAGGUGACAGGCCACUGUGCUCCCUCACCUGGUGUAUUGACAAAGAAGCAGUGGAAAAGGAAAGAACCUUCAUAAAGUGUUGAGUCUUAAGUCAUCAGUACCCUGUAAUGUAGGGGUGGGCAAAGUACGGCCCGCCGGACCCUUUAACCUGGUCCUCAAGCUCCUGCCGGGGAGCAGGGUUGGGAGCUUCCCCUGCUCUGGCACUCCAGGCGGUGAGCAGGGUCGGGGGCUUGCCUUGCUCUGCAUGUGCAGCAGCUCCACACGGCUCCCAGAAGCAGGGGCAGCCAGGGGGCUCUGCACACUGCCCCCGCCCCAAGCGCUGGCUCUGCAGCUCCCAUUGGCUAGGAACCGUGGCCAGUGGGAGCAAUGGGGGGGGGUGGUGCCUAUGGACAGGGCAGCACACAGAAUGGCAUGGCCCUGCCUCCGUGUGGGAGCCGGAGUGCCCCAACCACCUGCCCCAGCCCUAAUUGCCCUCAAAACCCUUUGAUCCCAGCUUGGAGCACCCUCCUGCAUCCCAAACCAUCAUCCCUGGCCCCACCCCAGAGUCUGCACCCCCAGCCAGAGCCUCAUCCCCCAUGUGCACCAAUCCCCUGCCCCAUCCGGCCAGCCAUACAAUUUCCAUACCGAGAUGUGGCCCUCAGGCCAAAAAGUUUGCCCACCCCUGCUGCAAUGGGAUGAUUUGCAUCAGAUCUCAUGUGGUGACGUACCUCCUAGUUUGUGGACGUGUUUAAACCAGAAUAAGCCUUCAUUCUGCAUGGGCAGCUUUUCUCUUUCACUCCCCUAGUGCGGCUGACCGUCUGUGUGCUGCCGACCAGGUUCUCCCUCUGCAGCUCUUGCUAGCAGCCAGUGUCUGAGAAAUGGGACCGUCUAAUUUCUUCAUUAGUCUUUCCC